AUGCGCUCCCCGCUCCCGUUCCCCGGUGUCCCUGAUCGUCCUUACAAGAUCCUGCUCGUGCAGAGGACGCGAAGCGAGUCGCACGGCGCGGACGUGGCGUUUCUGCAGGCGGGGCUGCGGCUCUGCCGGCCCGGCGGCGCGGUCUAUUCGCUGCACAAGACCUCCACCCGCCCGUUCAUCGCGAAAAAGGCGGCCGAGGCCGGCGGCGAGGCCUCCGUGGUGGCGGAGCUGCGGUUCGAGAUCCCCAGAAUGUACAAGCACCACCGGCAGCCGAGCAAGGACGUGGCGGUCGACUUUUGGAGAGCAGAGUGUACCGAGGCGGUGCCCGGUGCCGAACAGACAACUUUUUUUCUUCUGGAGAACAAGAAGAAAAACCCAAGCGCAACGGCCGACCGGGCAAACAUGAAACAAGGCACUUGGUUGCGCCGCCGCCCGCUGGUUAACGCUCGCGUUCGCUCCGACGCCGGCACAUGCUCGCUCACCGUCUUUGGUCACAUCCCAAAGACGGGCGGUACCACCGUCGACGAUCUGUUUUGGGCGCUUGCGAACGCUAGGCCGCCCGAGGUCAAUGUGAGUGGACGUAUGAUUGGCAAGAACUGGAGCGCGGUCUCGGAGGGGUCCUACGUUGCGACACAUUCCAUUAGUCACCACUUCCCAAACGAUGUGCUCCACGCCAUCUUGGGCCUGCGGUUUCAGAGGCACAAGGUCCCGACCUUGCUGCCCUCGUGGCACCGCACGCACAUCUACCACUCCUAUCACCCUCACGGCCGUGACAUGCGGCUCUUCCUGUCGCACCUGCCGCAGCUCCGCAAGAUGUAUCGCGACGCUUCAUGCAUGCUCCAGGUCGUGACGGUGGUGCGUGAGCCAAAGUCUCUUCAGCGGUCUGCAUACCGAUACUUUCGGCUCGACGGCGGGCUUGGUGUGGUUCCAUCGCUCUCUCGCACCUCGAGCGUGCGGAGGAAUGCCACGUUGCUCGCCGACGACCUCGCUCUGUGGCUAGCCCAAAACCCGGAUCGGCAGAGCCGGUGGCUGAAUAGCGGGAUCAGCUCCACCCUCAACCUCUCAACUCCGCUGCAUUACGCGCAGCUAUUAGCGGCCUACGACUACGUGGCACCGAGCGCGCGACUCAACGAGUUUCUCUGGUUUCUGAUGGCGCGUAUCGGUGUCUACUUGCCCGCCUCGCACAGUGAGGGCGCACCGGGACCCCUCUCUGCUCGCUUGCCUUCGUGCAACUCAAACGCCGGCUCCGAAAAGGUCCUCAACGAAGCGAUUAUGAAGCAGCACGUACAGGAUGCAUUUUCUCUGUACACGACCAACGAUGCCUUGCUCUUCCGCGUUGCCACAGCUCGCUACGCGGCCGACGUCGCAGCCGCAGAGGAGAGCCGCAGCCAGCUCGCCUUCAUGCAAGCCGCUCGGCGAGCGCUGGCCAAUGGCAGUACGACAACUCAGACUCGCGUGGGAGUCUGGCCGAUCGAGCUGCACCUCAACUGCCACAAGGGGCGCGUGCCCUCUGAGGUGGCGACAGAGCUCCGGAGAACGGGCACCACGCACGUGUUGGGUGAGAAUGCUUUGUGCCCCGCCGAGCGAUUAAUCUGCGUGCAAGGCGCCGCCUCGCAAAGAUGGUAG